CGGCCGAGGGAGAGGAGGCGAGUGGACGAUGGCGGCCAUGUUGGGAGCGUCGGAACGGCUUUGAGGAAGGCCUUGGCGAAGAGGGCCCGCGGCAGCCGUCUUGCCUGGUACCCUGCGGUGGAGACGGAGGCCGAGCAGGCAGGGCGAAGAGGAGACGCCUCCGAAACGGAGCUUGGACCGCGAAGUGGUCUCUCGGCGCGCUUUGGCCUCCUCCUCUCUCCGGCGCCAUGAGCGGGGGGACGCCUUACAUCGGCAGCAAGAUCAGCCUCAUCUCCAAGGCCGAGAUCCGCUAUGAGGGCAUCCUGUACACCAUCGACACCGAGAACUCCACUGUGGCGCUGGCCAAAGUUCGUUCUUUUGGAACUGAAGACAGACCCACCGAUCGGCCUAUACCACCUCGUGAUGAAGUAUUUGAAUACAUUAUAUUCCGCGGCAGCGAUAUAAAGGAUCUGACCGUGUGUGAGCCGCCUAAACCACAAUGUUCACUACCCCAGGAUCCAGCCAUUGUUCAGUCCUCUCUAGGGUCGUCAUCUUCUACUUCAUUCCAGUCCGUGGGAUCCUACGGUCCUUUUGGCCGAAUGCCAGCCUACAGUCAGUUCAGUCCAAGUCCAUUAGUGAGCCAGCAGUUUGGUGCUGUGAGUGUUGGAAGUUCGCUGACAUCUUUUGGAACUGAAACGUCGGCCAAUGCGAGCUUGUCUCAAAGCAGUGCAGUUGGUUCCACUUUUACAGGGGAUGCCCGAUCGUUAAAAACACAGCUCUCUCAAGGUCGAACAAGUCCUCAGUUGGAGCAUUUGAGAAAGAGCCCUGUGCUGGAGCAAGCGGUACAAACCACAUCGGCCCACUUGUCUGCAUCUGCACAAGUCGGGCGCAGAAGUCCUGUCUCAGCGAGGCCUCUGGCAUCUGCUAACCAAAAAUCCUUAGAAAAUCAGGAGCACAGGAGAGCUGAAGCACACAAGCUGUCAAGAUCCAAAGCAGAGCAUUUCAGAAGUGAUAAACGUCAACUGGAUCCCUCCAAAACCAACUUUUCCCCAGUUCCGGGGGCACCACCAGUACGAAGAGGCCGUGGGGGUCACCGUGGAGGCCGAGGAAGAUUCGGUAUCAGGCGGGAUGUUCCAAUGAAAUUCGAGAAGGACUUCGAUUUUGAGAGUGCCAAUGCUCAGUUCAAUAAAGAAGAGAUAGUUCGUGAAUUUCACAACAAACUAAAGUUGAAAGAAGAUAAACCAGAAAAGCCAGUCAACGGGGAGGAUAAAGGCGACUCGGGUGUUGACACUCAGAACAGCGAAGGCAACGCAGAUGAAGACGAACCCCUUGGGCCCAACUGCUAUUACGACAAAACCAAGUCCUUCUUCGAUAACAUCUCCUGCGACGACAACAGGGAUCGAAGACCCACCUGGGCGGAAGAAAGAAGAUUAAAUGCAGAGACAUUUGGGAUUCCGUUACGUUCAAACCGUGGCCGUGGGGGCUUCAGAGGUAGAGGAAACGGCAGCGGUGGUUUCCGAGGUGCUAGAGGGCGCGGCGGCCCCAGAGGAAACUUCAACAUCCCUCGGGGGUUUCGUGGUGGAUUCAGAGGUGGACACGGUGGCAGGGAAUUUGCAGAUUUUGAAUACAGGAAAAACAACAAGGUUGCCGCAUAGUCCGCAAUGAAGUUGAAAGCCAGGUGGGCUUGCAGAUCUUCGUAGUCCAGAGAAUGUCGGUCUUUGCAAAGAAAUUUACUUGAUUUGCUGUAAAACUCGUCACCAGCACUGGGGUUUGUUUUUUAAUUUCGAAGGGGUUUGAAGCAGUAACAAUUUUGGAAAAAAAAGUCAUCCUGGAAGCCAAGGAUUAAAUAUAUUUACGAUAGGAAAAAAUAAGUAAUUUCUUACAUAUAGUUAAGCUAUAAAGCAGGACGUCAAUUUUGUUUAAGUUUUUUUUUUCAUCACAGAAAGGAUUUUUCUUAACUGAAUUGUAUUUGAUUGCUGCAGGUUGCAAAGACAGUAGUAUGCAGAAGGCCGUCAGUACUGUGAGUGUGUUGAUCACUGAAGGUUGUUUUUGGGACUCCUGUAAGAUCCCUUUUCUGAAAUAGUUGUACUUUUUGUCAGACAGGGUGCUCGGCAGUAGAAAACAUUUGUCAAGUCAAAAAAAAUGUAAACACAGUAAAUAUUGUUUCUUAGGCAAAGGAAAACUUUUUAUAGUUGUAAAAUUCCAUGAUUAACCCAUUGCCAAAGAAACACCGAAGAACUUUGUAUAGCUGUAUAAAAAGCGACUAAUUUUUUAAAAGAAUAAAACAUUUUUAAGUCAACAGACCUGCUGUGUUGAGACGCUAAAAACACACACACAAGAGUUUGUUUUGGAUUUUUUUUCCUUUGUAGCUUUUCAGGCUUUAAACUGGUUUGGCUUUUAUAUUUUGUCUACAAAUAAAAAAAACAGAAAAUGUUCUUCCACGAUAACAAAACCUGUAUAAAACAGUUCGGUCUUGGCGAGAAAUUCGGUUUUGUACUUUCUGGCAUAUCAAAGGUUUUGAUCAAAUUUAAAGUGCAUUGUCAAUCAAAACAAGGCUCCUUGUCACAGUUUGAGUUAAAAGAAUCCAGCUGAAAAGUCAGUCACCCAAACAUGCAACUUCUGAGACUCCUCCUUGUGCCUGACAUAAAAAUGACAAGUCUCCAUGUAUCAAUUCUUGAAACGUUGACUUUUGUUUUAAUAUUGUUGACAUACUCAAUUUAAAAGUGAAUUUCCUAGUGUUUGAAAUUGCUUGAGUUUUGAUGGACUGUGGCUUGGAGACAUUGAAUGUUCAUUUUAUAGGCAGUAUCCCACAAGUGAUUUGGUAUGGAGUAAUUGUACACCAAGUCUGAAUAACUAGUUUAAUGACUUCUUUUUUGCUAUUAAGUUAUAUUAGAUACAGUAAUCUGGUAAUUUGUGUUUGUAUUUGUAUAUGAAAGCCACAGGAAUAAAGGGAUCCAAAGAUUAAAGCAUUUUUUAUCUUAAUUUGCUGGGGUGGGGGUUCUUUCUCAGUGUUCAGUAGUGAUCAGAUGUGGAUAACUGCACUGUUAGAAAAUGGGGAUAUUUAAAAGUAAUUGAUAGAAUCAUAAUUUUGUAUCUUUUUGUAUAGCACUUUGAGAGGGAGAGAAAAGCAUUUUGUAAAUUGGUUUUCCUUUAAUGAGUAACAAGUCAAGUAUUUUGGUGCAGGAUCAUUAGAAUUUUAGAUACUACCUUCUGUUUAAUAAUAUUUUGCAUGUUAACACUGCGUUUUUGGGAUCCACAAAUCAUCAUACUGAAGAGUUUGGGUUUUUUUUAAACAAAAGGAAAGUCCUGUCCUGUUGCAAUAACAAUGUAAUACUGUUUGAGGUGUCCCAAGUUAUAUUUAAACAAGAUAAAAAUUGUAAAUAGCAAUGAGAUGUGCUGUGAAGGUAUGAACUAGUUCCAUCUUACCCACCAGACCUUUGGGUUUACCUGUUGGGGUGUGUUUGUACCCCAGUAAAUAACAGCAUGUUAUACCUUCAGUGUACGUUGCUGCAUAAAAGUGGGGCUUUUAUUUUAAGCCAGAAUAAAACAGUUUAAGGGGGAAAA